UUUGUUUGUGAAUGCUAUUAUAUAUGCAAAUGUUGGUCCUUCUCUCUCCUGUUGCUCUAACAUCUCUCUAAAAAGAAAGUUUCCGUUUAUCAUCUCGACGGUGGCUGGCUCCGGUGGCUUUCUCAGCACCGGAGCCGGACUUUUCUUUUGGUUUGUCCUCUGUUUAUGAUGAAGCUUGGUGGAACCAGAUCGUUUUGAGAAGUCUGUUGGUUUUUCCGACGAUGGCGGCUGCGAGAGUUGCAUGCAUCUCUUCGCUUCUUGAUUUGGCUUCUCUCUCUGUUUCAUGGUGUUAUCCCCAUCUUUAUCAUUGUCUCUUAGUGUUUGAUCCUUGCCCAGCUUUGUUCUAGCUUUGUUCAUCUUUGAUUGUCUCUAAAGCUGCAUGCAUGUCUCUCCUUGGUGAUCUCUUUGGUUCCCCUCCGAUUCGUUCCUCUUCCGGCCCCGUCUCCUCGUGGCUGGUCUUGUUCGGUGUGGACUGAGGCGCUUCUUGUCAUUUACCAAGGGUCUUGUUCGAAGACUCGUCCAUCUGAUGUGCUUCUCUUUAGGCGUUCUCGAGUCACAUCUUUGUUGACUCCGCCAAUCCUAGGUGUUUGAAUGGUUAUGGAACCCUAAGCUGGUUCUAUCUUGCUGGGAAUGAAGCAUUUGUCAUGUUCUUCACAUCUUGAGCUAGUCACUAUAGAAGGUCUCUGUUAUCAAGUUAUUUUGAUGACAUUGGGUACUUUGAUCCUAAGAUCGGACGAAAUCGAAUGGAACAAGCAUGCAGUGACGAAUCCGGAUGAAGUAGCUGACGAAGUUAUCGCCUUGGCUGAAAUGAGUGUAAGAAACCAUACCGAGAGGAGGAAGCUAGGUUACUUUACUUGCGGAACAGGCAACCCAAUCGACGAUUGCUGGCGAUGCGAUCGCAACUGGCACAAGAACCGCAAACGCCUAGCGGACUGUGGUAUCGGAUUUGGAAGAAACGCGAUUGGCGGUCGCGACGGGCGUUUCUACGUAGUCACUGACCCAAGAGACGACAACCCGGUUAACCCUAGACCGGGAACAUUACGUCACGCCGUGACCCAAGACCGACCACUAUGGAUCGUCUUUAAACGUGACAUGGUGAUUCAGUUAAAACAAGAGCUAAUCGUAAACAGUUUCAAAACGAUCGACGGACGUGGCGCAAACGUUCACAUCGCUAACGGCGGUUGCAUCACGAUUCAGUACGUGACGAACGUCAUCGUGCAUGGAUUGCAUAUUCAUGAUUGUAAACCGACGGGUAACGCUAUGGUUAGAAGCUCAGAGACGCACUUUGGGUGGAGAACGAUGGCUGAUGGUGACGCCAUUUCCAUCUUUGGUUCGAGUCAUGUUUGGAUUGAUCACAACUCGUUGUCUCAUUGCGCUGAUGGGCUUGUGGAUGCUAUCAUGGGCUCCACCGCGAUUACGAUCUCUAACAACCACAUGACUCACCACAACGAGGUUAUGUUGCUCGGACAUAGUGAUUCUUACACGAGGGACAAAGCUAUGCAAGUUACCAUUGCUUAUAACCAUUUUGGAGUCGGACUUAUUCAAAGAAUGCCAAGGUGUCGGCAUGGGUACUUCCAUGUCGUGAACAACGACUAUACUCACUGGGAAAUGUAUGCGAUCGGUGGAAGUGCAAACCCAACAAUCAACAGUCAAGGAAACCGCUACGCCGCCCCUAAAAAUCCUUUUGCCAAAGAGGUAACGAAGAGAGUGAACACACCUACGGGUCAUUGGAAAGGAUGGAACUGGAGAACCGAAGGAGAUUUGCUUCAGAACGGAGCUUACUUCACUGCUUCGGGAGUCGCUGCAUCUGGUAGCUACGCACGUGCCUCUAGCCUCGCCGCUAAAUCUUCUUCAUUGGUCGAUACAAUUACUUCUGACGCUGGAGCUCUACCAUGUCGCCGAGGACGUCAAUGUACCUCAUAGUUGUUUUUAACCUCCUACCGACACCAUAACCACCAAAAUUCAUAACCAUUUUCUAUUAUAUUUAGACAAAAGUGUACAUUCUCACACAUUUGUCAAUUAAAAGCCUAUUGUCUCUUCUUUUUUUCGUCUGUGUUUGUGUCAAUUUUUCAACCUCGGGUUUUCUUGCUUCAACCGCAAGUUAACACAAGAAAAGGAAAUAAAAAAACUUUUCAUGUAAAA